AUGGAAACAUCCUACAGAAGGCGGCAGUCGACGAUCACCUAUGUUGAACCGAAGGCCGAGUGUCCGUUCUGCGGGAUGUCUGGUAUCCACGAGCACGCACUGAACUUCAAUGGAAGUCAGGCCGUGUACGCGUGCAGCAUGAGCGAACACUACACGCGCAUAUAUCAACAAGAGGAUCUGCAGUCAGCAUUCAGCGGUGUGGUGGCUGGCAUUGAUGCAGAGUCGACAGGCAAUGACACAGCUGUACCCGAACAACAGGACGAGCCCUUCUGCUACGGUUCAGGGACAGUCAUGCUCAAUGGGUUUACUUUCAAUAUGGACAAUUGCAUCACAUAUCUCUUCGACGGAUGGGUGCUGGAUACCCCGUUCAAGUACGCCGGAGCCACCGUACUCACAUUCUUGGUUACUGUUUUCGUCCAGGUUCUGAGUAAAGUGCGAAUGAAACUGGAACAAGCACAAGUCAAAAGCCAAUUAGCAGAUCAACGCCAACCUCGCGUCUCUGAAUUGCUGCUCAAUAGUUCGCUGGUGUUGGUAUCAGUCACAUUUGGCUACUGGGUGAUGUUGUUGACUAUGACCUACUCAGUGAUACUCUUUUUAGCUGUGGUGUUUGGGCUGGCUGUAGGACACUUUUUGACCAAUUUCUUCACACAUCGAGAAAUCACAAAUCCUUUCUCGGAAUAUCAUACCUCUGGAGAAGCCCCACGUAUUUCAUCACUACAUGCGGUUGUAGUGGAUACAGAUUCAGAAGAGAAGAAAGAAACCUAUUGUCAUGAGGAUGCGGAGAGUAUUUCCGAUCUGAUGCACGACCCAAGCAGUCCUGAUUCUGGUAAAGCGUCGGAGGCAGUAACAAAGGACUCUCCGGCACCUAAGGCGUUGCCAGACACGCCAUGUUGUCCGUAUUAGUCGCCCAGAUAAAGAAACUUAGUCAUAAAAGAGUGUAAAUCAACAUACCACUCAUGUGGAG